GGGCCGUGCGGGCUGUGGGGUCUUAUCUGCAGGACCAGGGCUUGAACCUGCUCAUCAACAAUGCGGGCGUCAGCUCGCACGCCACUCUGCACUCCCUGGACUCGCAGGACAUGCUCUCUGUGUUUGCCACCAACGUGGUAGGGCCGCUCCAGGUUGUCAAGGAGUUUCUGCCGCUCCUGGAGAAGGCAGUGAAGGGUACAGGGAAGAAGGGGCUGAGCUGCAGCAGGGCCGCAAUCAUCAACGUCUCCGCCAAACUGGGCUCCAUUGGGCUGUACCUCGGGGUGUCAGAGGCCCCCAUGUACCCGUACUGUGCCAGCAAGGCACUGCUGAGGGUGGAGCACAGCAUGCGAGGCAUCCUGACCGUGCUGGCCAGCCUCUCCGGAGCCUUCCUCGACUGGGAAGGGAACAGCCUGCCCUGGUGA